AUGCUUACAAGGAACUGUUUAUCCCUGCUGCUCUGGGUCCUGUUUGAUGGAGGUCUCCUAACACCACUUCAACCUCAGCCACAACAGACUUUAGCCACAGAACCAAGACAGAAUGUUAUCCACCUGCCAGGGCAGCAAUCACAUUUCCAACGAGUUAAACGUGGCUGGGUAUGGAAUCAAUUUUUUGUGCUGGAGGAAUACAUGGGCUCCGAGCCUCAGUAUGUGGGAAAGCUCCAUUCUGACUUAGAUAAGGGAGAGGGCACUGUUAAAUACACCCUCUCAGGAGAUGGCGCUGGGACCGUUUUUACCAUUGACGAAACUACAGGGGACAUUCAUGCAAUAAGGAGCCUGGAUAGAGAGGAAAAACCUUUCUACACACUUCGUGCUCAGGCUGUGGACAUAGAAACCAGGAAGCCCCUGGAGCCUGAAUCAGAAUUCAUCAUCAAAGUGCAGGAUAUUAAUGAUAACGAGCCACAGUUUUUGGAUGGACCUUACAUUGCUAGUGUCCCAGAAAUGUCUCCUGUGGGUGCAUAUGUGCUCCAGGUCAAGGCCACGGAUGCGGAUGACCCGACCUAUGGAAACAGUGCCAGAGUCGUUUACAGCAUUCUUCAGGGACAGCCUUAUUUCUCUAUUGAUCCCAAGACAGGUGUUAUUAGAACAGCUUUGCCAAACAUGGACAGGGAAGUCAAAGAACAAUACCAAGUCCUCAUCCAAGCCAAGGAUAUGGGCGGACAGCUGGGAGGGUUAGCUGGAACAACAGUGGUCAACAUCACCCUCACGGAUGUCAAUGACAAUCCACCUCGAUUCCCCAAAAGCAUUUUCCAUCUGAAAGUUCCUGAGUCUUCUCCUAUUGGCUCAGCUAUUGGAAGAAUAAGAGCUGUGGACCCUGAUUUUGGACAAAAUGCAGAAAUUGAAUACAAUAUUGUUCCCGGAGAUGGGGGAAAUUUGUUUGACAUCGUCACAGAUGAGGAUACACAAGAAGGAGUCAUCAAACUGAAAAAGCCAUUAGAUUUUGAAACAAAGAAGGCUUAUACUUUUAAAGUAGAGGCCUCCAACCUGCACCUUGACCACCGGUUUCACUCUGCGGGCCCUUUUAAGGACACGGCCACGGUGAAAAUCAGCGUGCUGGACGUGGACGAGCCUCCGGUUUUCAGCAAGCCGCUCUACACCAUGGAGGUUUACGAAGACACUCCGGUUGGAACCAUCAUUGGCGCCGUUACUGCGCAAGACCUGGAUGUGGGCAGCAGUGCCGUUAGGUACUUCAUAGAUUGGAAGAGUGAUGGGGACAGCUACUUUACAAUAGAUGCAACUGAAGGAACCAUCGCCACUAAUGAAUUACUAGACAGAGAAAGCACUGCGCAGUAUAAUUUCUCCAUAAUUGCGAGUAAAGUUAGUAACCCAUUAUUAACCAGCAGAGUCAACAUAUUAAUUAAUGUCCUAGAUGUCAAUGAAUUUCCUCCAGAAAUAUCUGUGCCGUAUGAGACAGCUGUGUGUGAAAAUGCCAAAUCAGGACAGAUAAUUCAGAUAGUCAGCGCUGCAGACCGAGAUCUUUCACCUGCUGGGCAGCAAUUCUCCUUUAAAUUAUCACCUGAAGCUGCCAUCAAACCAAAUUUUACUGUUCGUGACUUCAGAAACAACACAGCUGGAAUUGAAACCCGAAGAAAUGGAUACAGCCGCAGGCAGCAAGAGUUGUAUUUCCUCCCUGUUGUAAUAGAAGACAGCAGUUAUCCUGUCCAGAGCAGCACAAACACAAUGACUAUUCGAGUUUGUAGAUGUGACUCUGAUGGGACCAUCCUGUCUUGUAACGUGGAAGCAAUUUUUCUACCUGUGGGACUUAGCACUGGAGCUUUGAUUGCAAUCCUACUGUGCAUUGUUAUACUCUUAGCCAUAGUUGUGCUGUAUAUAGCCCUGCGAAGGCAGAAGAAGAAAGACACCCUGAUGACCUCUAAAGAAGACAUCAGAGACAAUGUUAUCCAUUAUGAUGAUGAAGGAGGCGGGGAGGAGGACACCCAGGCUUUCGACAUUGGUGCUCUGAGAAACCCAAAAGUGAUAGAAGAUAACAAAAUUCGCAGGGAUAUAAAACCAGACUCUCUCUGUUUACCUCGGCAGCGACCCCCAGUGGAAGAUAACACAGACAUAAGGGAUUUCAUUAAUCAGAGGCUACAGGAAAACGAUGUGGAUCCCACCGCCCCACCAUACGACUCGUUGGCAACAUAUGCCUAUGAAGGCAACGGAUCAGUUGCCGACUCCCUCAGCUCCAUAGAGUCUCUGACCACGGAAGCGGACCAGGACUACAACUAUCUAACAGACUGGGGACCCCGCUUUAAAGUCCUGGCAGACAUGUUUGGCGAAGAAGAGAGUUAUAACCCUGAUAAAGUCACUUAG